AUGUCUCAGCCCACGGGUCUUAACAAAGUCGAGGACGACGACGAGAUGAUGAAGUAUGUAAACUUGUCCGGCGAUGAAACCAACGGUGAUGCACUGAAGAACGUCAAACAGGAGAACGUCGAUCAGAGCACUGAGGUUUCUAACAGAAACAAUGGCGCAAAGACCAAGGUGAUUGGGAAAACCACUACGACCCCUCGCAAGCGUGGUCGCAAGCCAGUUGCUGAGAAGAACGCUGGAGAAAAUUUAAAUAAUGACGUCGAUGAGUCUCCAACCAAGAAACAGCGUGUUCCAUCCAAGGCUGGCAAAGGGGGAGCUGGGGAGAAGGUGAAGGCGGGUUCUCGUCCCAUGCCUACAUCUCUCGAGACUGCCAGUCCUGAGGACAAAAUGCUUCUUCGCAUGAAAGAUGAAGAAAACAAGCCUUGGGCCGAUAUUCGCCAGGCCUGGGAGGAGAUGACCGGUGAGAAAGUUGGGAACAGUUCUCUAUCUGGACGCUAUAGUCGCAUCAAAGCCAAUUUUGUAGUGUUCAAAAAGGAAGAUGAAGAGCGCUUGCUCCGAUACAAGAAGGAAAUCGAGGAAAAAUUCGAAGCGGAGAAAUGGCGUUCUGUUGCAGAAGCUAUCGAGUCUAAUGGCGGUGAAAAGUACCCACCCACCGCAGUGCAAAAGAAGUUCAAGGAACUGAGCAAGAAAAUGUCUAACAUGGCAAUCAGAAAGGAGAAUGAUGUGGAAGAUUCUUGA